GCGACUUCGGAGAGGCAAACGUUCGCAACCAUGAGGCAGAGCAAAUUGGCGAUGAUCGACCCCGUGUCGUACAACAAGUACAACAUGCUGCAGAAAAGAGAUAACAAGAGGUGUCUGAGCGACAACAUACAUCGGAUGACGUGGCGGGGCGGCGACCGAGUGCUGGACCUCGGCAGCGGGGACGGCAGCUUCACAGCCACUGAGCUACGGCGGUAUUUACCCGAUGACGUCAGCGAGCUGGUCGGCUGCGACCGCAGCAGGGAGAUGGUGGACUUCGCCAACGAACACUUCGGGGGAGACGGCAUCAACUUCCGACUGCUGGAGAUCGGGCAGCAGUUGCCCAGCGAAUUUGUUAGCACCUUUAAUCACGUGUUUGCGUUUUUUUCUCUCCAAUGGAUGACUGACCAAAGAUUGGCGUUUUCCCAAGUAUACGACAUCUUGACAAAGGAUGGGGACUGCUUGCUGCUGAUCGUGGGUAGAAGUGCGGUGCUAUACGACGUGUACAAGAUCCUCGCUCGGUCACCGAAAUGGUGCCGCUGGGUGAAGGGGCUGGACAAUGUCCUGUCUCCGUACCACGACUGUGAUAACCCAGAAGAAAAAAUAAGAGAAAUCGCAACAGAGGUGGGCUUUAAAAAUAUAUUCGUUCAAUGUGACAACACGUCUUACAAAUUUGACAGCGCGGAAGACUUUAAAGGCACGAUUGCCGGCAUAAACCCUUUCAAAAUACCAAAGGAGCUUUAUGAGGAGUACUUAGAGGAGUUUUUGAGCGUGGCUAUGGAGCAACGAUACAUCACCGACGACCUGACCAUUGCAUACACAACCCACACAUUCUUCGGCCGUAAAUGA